CAAAAACAUCAUUUUCGGAGGAGAUGCAAAGCUUAAUUAUUAUACAGAUAAUUAACCAAGUGCCGUGUUAAUGGGAAGUGCCAAGUAGUAUAAGUUGUUAAUAAUUGGGGAUCAAGAAAACAGGAAUUCCAAGUUGCGCGGCCUGAUAUUUGGGAAGAUUGAUGCCCAUGAUUGCCAGACAUCAGUCACUUUCUUUACUUCCAUUAAACCACCGGCUUGCUGAUCACCAAAUAGUGUUUUUUCUAUUUACUCUUUCAAACCUUUCCAUAUAGUAUAUAUUUUUUUUUCUUCACUUUCCUUUUCCUCCGUUUAUAAAUAGCACCACCACCACUCUUCAGAGCCUUCACACACAAUUCAAUAUAUUCUCUUCUUCAGUUCUUAAGUCCUUAAUCCUCCAUUCAGACAAAUAAAUUGAAGUUAUUACAAUUAACUACAAAGAUUAAAUAAAAAUCAUGGGAUUUCUUGAUCACUUCGCAGAGGUUUGUUCUGAUGCGACUGAAGAUGUAGCUCGGAUGACGAAGCGUAAACGCAGACCAAUGCAGGUAGUUGAGAUCAAGGUGAAGAUGGACUGUGAUGGAUGUGAGCGAAGAGUUAAAAAUGCCGUUUCCGACAUUAAAGGUGUGAAAUCGGUGGACGUGAGCAGAAAAGAAAGCCGGGUGACGGUGACCGGAAACGUGGAUCCAGACAAAGUGUUGAAGAAGGUUUUAAGCACAGGGAAGAAGGCUGAAUUUUGGCCAUAUGUCAGAUACAAUUUGGUGUCUUACCCAUAUGCUCCGCAGGCCUACGACAAGAAGGCACCAACUGGUUUUGUGAGAAAUGUUGUUCAAGCAUUUCCAAGCCCAAGAAGUGCUCCUCUUGAGCGUUACUCUUCACUUUUUAGUGAUGAAAACCCUCAUGCUUGUUCAAUCAUGUAAUAUUAUUGUACCUAGAUGGAUGGAUCCUAAGUAGUUUUGUUCAGUUUGUAACUUUUUGAAUGAAUGCAAAUUACGAGUUUGACCUCCUAGAGGAAGUCUUUUCUUGAUUGAAUGAGAACUAAUCUGAAUGUAGAUAUGGUGAAUUUAUAUUUAGAAAAAACUGUAUCAAAAGCAAAACAUGCGAGUGCACACAAGUAAUUGA